ACAUUCAACCUCUUUUACAAAAUGAAGGCUGUGGUUGUUUUUAUAGCUUUCCUAUCAUGGGGAAUGUGCCAUCCUGGAGGCAAUCAGAAAAGAAGACCACGCAAUGGAGCGGCGGCCGGAAAUCAACCAAACAUUUCUCUCGAUAUUUUAAGUCCAGAUGAAGAGUUGGUUACGCUAAAAGAUGAAGGAAAUGGUGAUCUUGUAUAUAAGAGAAUGACUGUGAAGGAAGGCAAGACUGUAAACUCUGUAGCUGAAGGUGAAACAUCGGUAUGGAAGGCAGCUGAUGCUAGCCAGAAGUGUACCAGCGUUCAUUUCUUGAAAAAGCCAGAAUUAAGUGAUCUUCUUGCCGUAUAUACGGAUAAAAAUGGGACUUCUGGUAGCAAACACUUCCAGAAGAAUGGUAGUGGAUGGACUGCCAUCUCUAAGACGGACUUUGACAAAAAACUCGUCAGUAUGAAACCUCCAGAGGAUAAUCCAUAGUGCAUCAUUCAGAUGGCUCUCAAGUUUGGAAUUUUACAACUGUUAAACGCUCCAGAGGUGUGAUGUCCGAAUGUACAAUAAUAUCCUGUGCCAUCUGUAGGGCAAACAUAGUGAUUGAAGACAAUCUUUGUUGGUUUUAUUGUAGAAUGUCCUUGUGAUUUUAUACUCAAAUUUAUCAUUUAAAUGACAGUCUAAAAUUUCGGGAGGUUCCGUGAGUUUCCGUGGGCAUCGAUAAAGGCCCUGUGAAAUCUUCCUUGUAGCCACUGAUGUUUGGUGGUUAUGAGAUAUUUAAAUAGUAACAUUCCACAUGAAGAUUACUUUGAGAUGGGAGAUUCACAUGUGGAUGAUCGGGAUAAGUGCACAUUUUAAAAGCCUAUGGAUUGACCAGGAGUAAACACUCCGAUAGUGAAAAAUGCACUAAUUUAAUGGUAGUUUAACACAAUUUUGCAGUAAUGUAUUUGUAAAUCGCGAAAGCUCUAACACACUUUAAAGAAUUCGCACUCCUCAUACACACUAACCCUAAAGAGGGUGUGCAUGAAUAUUACAUU